AUGUCUCUUUGGUCUAAAAUUGAAAAUAUUGAUAUUCAGUACCAAAUUCCUUUUUCAUACAGUCACAGAGGUCAUAAAUUAUGUAGGCUUCCUAAUGGACUUAUUGUUUUAUUAAUUUCUGAUCCUGAUGACUUGUCAAGUGUGUGUUCUCUAACUGUAGCAACUGGAAGUCAUAAUGAUCCUAAAGGAACACCAGGUGUGGCUCAUCUUUGUGAACAUAUGCUUUUUGCUGCAGGUUCAAAAAUGUACCCAGAUCCAAAUCUGUAUCAUAAAAUAUUGGCCAAAAAUAAUGGGACACAUAAUGCAUAUACUACUGGUGAACAAACAACAUUCUUUUUUGAAAUGUCAAAUAUUAAUACUAAUGGGGAAUUAGAAUUUGAUCUUGCUAUGGAUAUUUUCUCAUCCUUUUUUACCAACCCAUUAUUUUCAACUAAUUUAUUGAAUAAAGAACUUUAUGUCAUUCAAAGUGAACAUGACAGUAAUAUUUCCAAUAUUGACAAAAUAUUUUAUCAUGGUACACGUCUAUUAAGCUAUAAAGAACAUCCAUUUCACCAGUUUUCAACUGGUGAUAUUACUUCUUUAAGUAAAAUAAGUGGCUCAGACCUAAAAUCUAUAUUAAUAGAAUAUUUUAAUCAAAAUUUUUUUGCUACAAAUAUGACGUUGGUAAUCAAAGGACCUCAAUCUGUAAAUAUGUUAACUAAAUUAGCAGUGACCAAGUUUGGUAACAUUAAGGCAUAUCCAUUCUUACAAAAUAGAUCUAAAUUAGGUUCCUUGAGAAAACCGCAUAAUACAAAUAUACCAAGAAUUACUAAGAUUAAAAAAUCAAACAUUUUGUCUAGACAAUGGAGUAAAACGUAUAAAGCAACACCAUGUUUUAAAAAAAAUGAUCCAAAUGUUAUUAUUAUAAACUCCGAUAAACACCCUACGAUUAGAUUUUUAUUUCCUGUGUCAAACAAGGAUUCAAUUUUCUCUAGUAAGCAAAUUAAAGUAUUUGGCUUAAUUUGGUGUGAAUUAUUUGGAGAUGAAUCAAUUGGAUCAUUUUAUUAUAAUUUUAAAGAAAAAGGUUGGAUAGAUGAAUGUAUUGCAUAUAGAUCUAUCUUUACCACUAAUGACUUAGGUUUAACAUUAGAGUUUUCACUAACAAUAGUUGGUACAAAUCAUAUUUUAGAUAUAAUUUAUGGAAUACUAGAAAAUACAAAAAAAUUAAUAUCUAAAAUGUAUACCAAAAAAAUUGCUUCUCUCCUUUAUGAAUUUACACUAAUUGAUUAUAUCAAUUAUUUAUAUAAGGAGGAAGAAAUUUCUGCUUUAGAAUUUUGUUCUAAUUUAAGUGAAUUCUUACAAACAGAUUUGUCAGAGAUAAAAUUAGAAUACUUAUUCCAGAUGUCACCAAUGUUAAUUGAUCUUAAUACUGAGCAGAUUGAUGAUCUAUCAGGAGUUACAGAUUGGUGGUAUAAACAAGCAGUAUCUUUUCAAAGUUUUCUAAAGGAAUUUAUUAAUGCAAAUAAUUUAAAAAUAUUAUUUUUAAAUGUAUCUGUUAAGAAUCUUACAUUUAUGUUAUUAAAUAAGAAGCAACAUUUUGACACCGAUCCAUAUUAUGGAUUUCAAUAUUUACUAGAAAAAGUAUCUUUCAAAGAAAUAAUAUUACAAUACAGUUUACAGAUAGCAGAUAAUUAUUCUAAUUUAUAUCUAUCCGAAACAAAUAUCUUUCUGCCAAAUUAUAUCUCUAAGAUUUUAUGUUUAAAAAAUUUGUUCAGAGAGUGCUCAUUACGUUCACGGUUUUCUACUUUGCAACUCAAUUUAAAAUUAGAUUCCAGAGAAGAGCAAAAACCAUGUUUGAUUAAUAAAUCAAUAUUUUACGAAAUGUGGGUGUCUCCAUUAAAUGAUAUGUAUAAUCAUAAAGAUAUUUCAAGUAAUAAUAAUCAAUUAAGGACUAACAAUAACAACAAGAGUAUUGUAAGUUUUGAACUGUUAUCAUUAAAUUUAACGCCUAGUGUCACAAAUACAAUUUAUUUGGAAAUAUUUGUAAUAAUUAUAGAUUUAUUUUUAUCCUAUAAAUUAUAUCCUGCUUUGAAGUUAGGAUAUACUUAUGAAAUUACUGCAUCACCGGAGGGUCAAGUCAAAGUUAGUUUUACUAUUUCUGGCUUUAAUGAAGGGUUACCUGAAAUUGUUAAAGAAAUUACCAAUACUAUAAAGUCCCUAAAUAAUAUGAAUAAUGAUCAACUACUUAGUGAGAAAAUAUUUAAUAAUGCCAAAAAUACAGUGGAAAAAAAGUACAUCAAAGCACUUUCCGAUAUACCUGUAAAAGUUGCCUCUAUGGGGCUUUUAGUUGUCAUGGAAAGAAAUAUGUGGACUGUGGAAGAUAGAUUAGAGGCUUUAGCCAACAGUAAUAUAAAUCAGUUUAAAUUCUUUUUAAACGAAUUUCUACAAAGAUCUGGGAAUAAUACAUUUUUGAAAUUAUUUGUUCAAAGUAACAAUCUUUAUAUAGUAGAUAAAAUUAAUUUUUUGUUGGAUAACAACUUAACACAUCACUUAAAUAUGAGCCAGUGUGAUACACCAUCAGAGCAAAAAUUUAUUUCCACAGCAAGAUUAUCUCCAGGUACAAAUGACUAUGUGGAGUACCUUAGUCAAGCUAGAGAUAGUAACAACAGUGUAGUAUACUUUAUACAAACAGGUGGACGUUAUGACUCAUAUGCUUAUACAUUGACUAAAUUUACAGAAUAUAUUAUGUCUUUAACAUUAGUUCCCAAUCUUAGAUAUAAAAAACAGAUAGGAUAUGUGGUUUUAGGUGGAAUGAGGAUUUUGAUAGAUACUAUAGGAAUACAUGUAACUGUGAUGUCAUCAAGUGAUCCUGACACCUUGGAGAAGCAAAUUAAUCAGUAUUUAAUUUUUUUAGAGACUGUCAUUUUGGGACAGUUAACAACAAAACAAUUUUUGAUAGAAUUUUUAGAACCGUUUGCCAGAAUGAUUGAACAAGAAGAUAAUGAUAGUGUUCAAGAAACAUCAUGUGGUCCAAGGGAUUUGAUGACACAGAUUCCUGCAGAUAUUAGUCAUGGGCCUCGUGAUAUAAUAAAUGGACGUAAACUAAAAGAUCAUUGUCAUAUAUUUAAUCAAAUUGUUCAUGGUGACAAUACUUUUGCUAAAGGACACCAGUUAGUAGAUAGAAACGUGGUGAAAGAUUUAUCCAAAAGAGAAUAUAUGAAAUUUUUCAAGGAACAUUUAAGUCCUAACUCUAGACGUAGGUGUAAAAUAUCGAUCUGGGUUAGGAGUCCAUUACAUAAGGAAGAGAUUACUGAGAAGCAAUUAUAUUUAAAAAUUGAAACUUUUUUAAAAUUAAAAGGGUUUACAAUAAAACAAGAAGAUUUAAAAAGUUUAGUUGCGAAAUCAAAUGGGUCCCCAGGAACUUUAAUGAAAUUAUUGUUAAAAUAUUUUUCUUCAAGAGGUGAAACAUGGAAAUUUUGCAAUGCUUUAGUCAAAGAAUUUGGACAAUCUGUGUCACAGAUAGUUCAACAAGUAGGUAUAAAUAGAAGGUUGCCCUCUUUUGUAAGUGCAGAUGUUACUCAAUAUAAUGUAGAAAAUAUUUCACCGUUAAAUCAAUUAGAAUCACCAAAAACAUAUCAUAAAGAUGGUGAUUUUCCGCAUUAUUGGUUGAAAAAUUAUCAAAAGUCGAGAAGCUAA